AUGGCCACCGCGUACCAGAUCCAGGUCCCCGCGCGGGACACGGGCCUGUGGAAGUCAGAGCAGACCCAGGAAGCGGCGGACAAGGUCACCGAGUUGCUGCAGAGGGACCUCGAGCAUCACCACGUCUUCUUCAACGCGUCGGGCUUCCAUAACCAUAUCCUCCACCAGCUCCUCACCCUCUACAGCACCGGCGGCUCGCCCUCCGUCCUGCAAGCCGCCUACGACAAGAACAAGACCUACCAGAUCAAGGCCAUGGACCCGCACCCGACCGCCCUCGCCGACCUGCAGUCCGACUGGGACGCCCACGCGCACAAGUACCUCGGCAAGGGCCGCCACUACCCCGACUUCCUCAAGUUCUUCCAGGGCGAGAUCGCCCGCCGCGGCGGCGCCUGGCAGCCCGUCGUGGCCGACUUCCUCUUCGCGGACACGCCCCGCGCCACCGACAUGCUGGGCCGCCUGUUCGCGGGCUUCCUGCACCCCAUGAUCCAGCUCAUGUACGGCAUCGAGUGGGAGCAGCCCGCCGUCGUCGCGGAGGGCUUGGCCCAGGCGGCUGUGCAUGAGGACCGGCUGGGCGCGUUUCUACGGCGCGUCGAUGAGGUGGCUGCUGCGAAGGGCGAGCCUGCGCCGCCGGCGGGUGAGCAGCGCUCUGUGGCGGAGAUUUGUGAAAAGGUGCGCCGGGAGGAUCCGAAGCUGGCGACGAGUGCGCAUUGGGAGGAUCCGAAUAGGAUUUAUGAUGGUGUUAUGAAGCGGGCUCCGGAUGAGGCCGUGGCGCUGCUGGCGCAGAUACGUGUGCGGCCGGAGGACAUUGAGGAGCGCACCGUCGAGAUGAUUCACACGGCUGCGUACAUCGCCGCGGGAGCGUCCUGGAACCCGCCGUACAUUCCCAAGUUUGACUUUUUCCUCAUCCACCACCUCACCUCCGCACCCUUCUUCCUCGCCCUCAACCGCCACGACUGGGUCCCCCAGGCCGCCCGCGUCCGCCUCCUCGAGUGGAAGCUGCGCGUUGACGCCGUCGAGUACCUCGCGCGGGGCAGCCCACCCCUGCGCCUCGCCGACGCCCUCGCGUCGUACACGCCCAAAGGCGAGACGGACAGCACGCUCGUGACGCAGGCGCGCGACCUGCUGCCGCGCUUCCACGCCGUCGUCGACGACGGCCACACCAUCAAGGCGGCCCGCGCGCUGCUCCUCGCGCAGCAGGCGUCGCGCCCCUACGAGGGCAAGGGGAAGGCCUGGAUGCGGAUCGAGGGCGAGGAGGCGUGGACAAAGGUCAUGUAUAUGCUGCUGAGGAGCGUGGAGGGCGAGGAGUAUGAGUGGGUGCGCUCGGCGGGCUUUAAGGAGGCGUGGGAGGGCAUGCCCAAGUAUGAGUAA